GAUGCUCACAGCCUUCUUCGAUUCACAAGGUCUCGAACUUGACCUUCUAGAAAAGGAUCUCUACAUACAUAUAUUAUUUGAGCCAUCUUCGCCUUCCUAUCUAUUCUUUGUUCUCGAUCUUCACUGCAAAACAAUCCCGGAAAUCAAUCUCAACCAGCUGGAACUUCAAAUUUUCCAAGUUUCCAAAAGCGAGCCACUAUACGCUCGGGAUCUUGGAGAUGUAGGACGUAAACAGGCCCAACCGCGAUCUCUACAUACACGGUGGGGGACAGACGAACGUACCAGUAUCAGUCAGACGAAUUAG